AUGACUGACCAGUUUGCUUGUAUAGGACUUUCACGCAAUCCUACCUUACCGAACAUUCCAGGUGUGCAAGACUUCAAGGGAACGGCAUAUCACACAUCUCGGUGGCCUCAGGAAGACGUUACUUUUGAAGGCAAGAGAGUAGGUAUAAUCGGCACUGGAGCGACAGCCAUACAAGCUAUACCUGUGAUAGCCAAGACGGCUAAAAGUCUAACAGUGUUUCAAAGAACUGCGAACUGGCGAGAAGCUUUCUGGGAAGAACUAUACGCAAAACCAGGCUUCCCCAUGUGGCUGUGCAAUUACAAAGAGAUAUCUGUCGAUGAGAAGGCUAACGACCUUAUCACUGCAUUUGUCGCGAAAAAGAUCAAAGAGCGAGUUCACGAUCCUUGGACAGCUGAUAAACUUGUCCCGAAGAACCACGAGUUUGGAACAAGGCGAGUUCCAAUGGAAACAUCCUACUAUGAGGCUUAUAACCAGCCCAAUGUACGCCUCAUUGAUCUGCAUGAGACACCGAUCGAGCGAGUCACGCAGAAUGGGCUCAAAACAACUGACGAGGACUUCGAAUUUGACAUACUCAUAUAUGCGACAGGUUUCGAUGCCGUAACGGGAGCAUUCGAUGCAAUCGACUUUCGAGGCAUCAACAACCACAGCCUAGUAGACGAAUGGAGAGACGGUCCAAGGACGUACCUCGGCCCUACGAUCGAGCACUUCCCCAAUAUGUUCAUGUCGAUUGGUCCCCAUCAAGCCUAUGGCAAUAUCCCUCGCAGCAUUGAAUAUGCUGUUGGAUGGGUAGCGGAGUGCAUCGAAUAUUGUCGAGAUCACGAUAUCACUUCCAUUGAGGCGAGAGAUGAGGCCGUACAAGAAUGGACUGAUCAUGUCCAUGCUCUUGGGAAGAAUCUUCUCAGUAACAAGGCUGACUCUUGGAUGAGUGGGGUGAACCGCAAUGUGGCAGGCAAGGAUAAGCGAAUCGUGGCUCGGUACAUGGGAUCCUCGCCAGAUUUCCGCAAGAGGUGUAACGAGGUGUCAAAAGAUCAUUACAAGGCGUUCAAGCUUGAAUAG